UUCCAGUCUGGUAACUGAGGUACAAUUUGAGAUAUCAUCAAACAUGACAGCUGGUCAACUUUAGCCGCAAUAGGCCGAUAUCCCUAAGGUGGCGCAAUAUGACCUCUCUCCCCUAGGCCCUACUUUGGGUUUAAUGGUGCUUCAUGCUUGGACAUUCUCAUAAUAGCACAUUUAUCAUUAAUUUUACUGUCUGACUUCACCUAUCAUUGAAUGCAAGCCUGUUGUUGAUUAUCCAUUAAUACAAAUACAAUUACAACCAGUUUUCCCAGUCAUUCUUUCAAAAAAUAUCAUGCUGUGUUCAUUUUUUUACAGUGAGGGCUGCAAUUCAUUAAAACAGACUUAAGUCACAAACUUGCAGGGAAUUUUACUGUUGACAGUUGUAUUGGUAUCAGCAUAGGCUGAAAAGCAUGCGAAGCAAACAAAAUAAAUUGUCUGAUGAUUUUGUUACUGGGCCCCCUGCGCCUCUGUCUCAACAAAAGUUGCCAACAAAGGCUGAUAUUGUCGGCUACAUCAAGUGGUUGUGUGUAGAGUCAAAGUUAAAUCAUCCUACCAAUGCCAUAUUCGCUAUAGUGGCGGAUGAAGUCGCUAGUAUAUGGACAAGUGAAGAAAUACCUAUCCAUAACUUGAAAUUUAUCAAACGACUACUGAAAAAGAAGUGUUAUGGUGCAUACCAAGUAGCUCGGAAAAUCGGGAGGCCAAACAGAGAGCAUAAGAAAGCUGCCCUUCAGAAAUUGCACGAGCUGUUUGACAUAGCGUUGUGUAAGUGCAAGUUUCAGAGUCAGUGCGAGUGCCCCAAAGAACGCAGAGUGCCUGAAGACAAGUUUGACCUCCUGAAGGACCAGCGUCCUCGUGAUGUCGAUGUGAGCUGCUCCUCUAGGGAAGAAGCGAUGGGUGCCAAUCAGGCGGACGAUGACACCUGCUCACUCAUUAUGGAGUGUGAGGUGGAGGACCUGUCAGAAGUGCAAAUGGACUGCUUCUUAGAGUCUAAAAAGGCAUAUGAAGAUGCAGUCAGAAAAGCCAAUAGUCUGCUGGGGGGAGUGGCGGCCCCGGCUCCGGCAGUGGCUGUGGCUGCCCCGCCAGCGGCGCCGGCGCGUCACCUCGCCGCCGCGCCGUCUCCGGAGCGCGCUGCGCCCUCCCCCUCCCCCUCCCCGCCGCCGCCGGCGUCACCGCCGCCGCCGCCCUCGCCGCCGCCGCCGCCUCCUCCGCCUCCGGCUCCGGCGCCGGCGCGGCCCAAGUCUCCGGCGGCCAGCGCGCCGUUGCCGCUGGCCGAGGACCGGCCGUUGGCCAUCUCGAGCGUGUCCUCGGAGAUCCCGCGGCCGGGCCGGAUCUCGCUGCGUCGCGACCUGGCCGCGGCGCCGUCCUCCCAGCUGUCGGUGGACACCAGUCCGGCGCCGGUGCCGGCCGCCCCGCCGCCGCCGCCGCCGCCGCCGCCGCCGCCGGUGGCGCGGCCGGUGGCGCGGCCGUCGCGGCGCGUCGAGUCCGUUCCGCCACCCGUCCGCACCGGCAUGAAUGUGAAUGUGCCGGUGGGUGUUCUCCAGCCGGCGCGGUCCGAGGCGGGCUCGGCGGACGGCGAGCCGCCCCCUGCCGACCAGGAGGCGCGCGAGAUGCAGGCGCAGACGUAUCCGGCGCUGCAUGUGACGGUCCGCUCGCCGUUCGCGCUCACUCCGGCCAACAAGGCCGGCUACAGCGCGCGCCGCUCCAUGCUCGACCAGCGCGUGAAGAAGGUGCUGCUGAACACGCCGAGCCAGUUCACCGAGUGGCUGAUCCAGACGCGGCUGGUGCGCGCCGUCCAGUACUGUCCCGUGCACCCGGUCACCUUCGACGGACAGCCGCGCCAGCUGCGGCUCGGCAUGUUCACCGACUCGGACAAACUGAUACAGUCCGGAGGCUACGUGUGGGUGAAGAACUGCUGCCGGCCCAAGUUUCUGUCGGUGCACUACGGCUCGCUGUUCGACGCCAACCGGUUGAGCGGCACCAACACGCUGCCGGUCCAGGUGCUGAAGCUCAUGUACCACUGGUCGUGCCAGACGCCGCUGCACAACGUCAUCCAGUGGCUCAAGGUGCGGCCGGCGCUGGUGGACGAGGUGUACGGCUUGCUGCGCGCCGUCUGCAUGCUCAAGACGGAGGAGCCCGCCGGCCAGCUGGGCGGCGGCGGACGCGUCGUCCAGGUCGGGCUGGUGUCGCUCGGCACCUCCGGACCCGACGGACUCAACAAAAACGUCAAGGUGGAGGUGCUCGGCGUCAAGGAUGAGACCACCGGCGAGAUCCGCAUGGUGGGCUUCGAGCCGCGCAUCAAGAACCGCAUCCGGGCGGUGGUGAGCGCCGUGCAGGACUGGGUGCAGGCGGAGAGCAGCCUGCUGCUCGACCACAGCAUCAGCCCGCAGCCGUUCCGCGCCCACUUCCAGGAGGUGGCCAACGCGCCGCCGGCCAGCAAGGACAUCAGCGGCAACAUCAUGCACUACCUGCGCAGGAGCAUGCCCAGGAUGUUCCAGGCGUCUCUGGUGUUCCUGAAUCCAGCCGUCAUCUGCCAGUUCAUCGCCGAGAUCGCCUGGCGCGAGAGGUACGGCCGGGACCCCAACAGCACCUUCAGCAACCUGAUCAACCACCUGGGCACCCUGACGCAGCAGUGCGAGGGGCCGCUGAUCACCAUGCUGCGGAAGGUGCUUGUCAGUCCGUCCAUGGACCUCAAGCGGAAACCCCGGAAACAGAAACUGGCCACCCGGCCCGACAGCCAGCCCGAGUUCCCGGGCCAGCCGCCCGAGCCGUCCGCCUCGUCGCCGGCCGUCAGGGAGGGGUCGGGCGCGCGGAGCGCCACCGACAGCCCGGCGCCGACCGCCGACCAGACGGCCAGCGAUGGGGCCGGCUCGGAGUCAGGCGCCUCCAGCUCGGCCGGCGGCGGCGCCUCCAGUCGACGGCGCCGCGCCGGCGGCCCCUCCGGCUCCAGCCGGAAGCCGCGGCGCCGGCGGCCACAGCCGCAGCAGCAGCAGCCGGUCAUCGACGACACGCGCGGCUGCUUCUACAAGCUGGAGACGCUGUCGGACGUGAAGCUGCCCGACCUGAGCGAGUUCCGCUGCUGGGAGUGCAAGCUGCCGCUCACGCACCCCAAGCACAUCACCGGCGUGUACGCGUGUAAGCGGUGCCGGUACACCACCUCGUGUGAGAAGAUCUACCCGGUCCACCAGCGGGUGUUCCACUCGAAGGGCGUGGCGCCCGUGUUCACCAUGGGUCAGCCGGUGCUGCUGGAGGCGGCCAUGUACUGUCCGUGCGGCUUCAGUACCGACAGCGGCAACCGGCUCGCCCUGCACCUGAGCUCGUGCGAGCAGCGCACGGCCAGCCUGGUGCCGUUCGACGCCAACCUGAGCCACUCGUCGGGCGCCGGAGACGGGGACGCCGACGCCGAGAUACCCAUGGACGUGGAUGCCGAGCUGAAACUGGAGCCCACCGAGACUGUGGACCUCUAACGGGCCGUGACGCGGAGCCGCGGUCAGCGGCCGCGCGUGGGACGGACACCGGGGCCGCCGGUGUGGGGAGACGAUGUGAUGGCCAGCUGAGCUCUCCUUUCAGUGCCCUGUCAGCAACGGGGAGACUCAGGGGCUCUGCUGGCCGACAUUCCUGCUAGGAAAAGCAUGUGUGUUCUCCAACGUUUGCAGGGAGUUUGGUAGUUCUGGUGCGGAUCUUCGAGCAGCGGCUGCGCCGGAGCGCCGGACUGGCUGCUCCUCAUUGUCAGGUGCUCUGACCAACCUCUGCAAUUUGCUACCAUUCAUCAUCUGAUGAUGCUUGUUCUAAAGUGUCUCGGUGCGAUCGAUCGACCGCUGCACUCAACUGGGGAUCCCAUUGCUCAUGAAUACAUGUUUGUUUUUUA